AUGACCACUAUCGAUCAAAGACAGAAACGGCAGACUUACUGGGAUUCGGGCCGGAUGAGUCCAGCUCUACAGCGAGCAAGACUACCAUUCCGAGCGAAGAAUUUGAUGAUGGGCGCAGGGAUCUUAACGUUUACGUUUGGAGUGUACAUGUACUCGAUAGCGGCGGUCAAGCAGGACGACUUCUCGGACAUCCCAGCCCCAUCGCUCGAGAAGAUCCAGCAGAUCAACCGGGAAAACGAACAGCGGAUCCAGGAGGAGCAGGCUGCCCUCCGGACUGCCUCUGACCUCCUCGUCUCAACUCGACCCGCAUCGAGCUUACCUCCCAUCGGCCUCCUCGGCUCCACCGCCUCCUGGCUCAGAGGACGCAACUCUUCAAGCGAAAUCAUCCCGGGCGCUCCUCCCGUCGAUCGGAUCGGGAAAAUCGACGACCGUCAGGUCGUCCAACAGGACCGCAAGCUGGUUUAGAUUUUCUAGAUUUUUCGGUCCAACAAACCCCUUGAUUUUGUCCCAUUUGAACAAUUAAACCCCACUCCAAGUCAAGCUAAGAUGUAUC